AUGCCUAGUCCGGAAGAUACAAUGCCUAGCCCGGACGACACGAUAUCUAGUCCAGACGACACAAUGCCUAGCCCGGACGACACGAUAUCUAGUCCGGACGACACAAUGCCUAGCCCGGACGACAAGAUAUCUAGUCCGGACGACACAAUGCCUAGUCCGGACGACACAAUAUCCAGUCCGGACGACACAAUGCCUGGUCCGGACGACACGAUAUCUAGUCCAGACGACACGAUAUCUAGUCCAGACGACACAAUGCCUAGUCCGGACGACACAAUAUCUAGUCCGGACGAUACAAUAUCUAGUUCGCGACAAGUUAUUACUGCAAAAACUGGUGUGUUAGGCCAGCACGUUUGCGAUCAGCCAACCAUUGUUAAGGAACCGCUGACGACUGCGUGUUCCGAGCUAGUCAACACCCUGAUAAAUGGCUACAGCCUCGAUGUGGAGGCUCUCACAGACACGCAGGCGUACCCGGGGUUCGCUGACGUUAACACCACGGACCAGAACGGCUACCGCCAGAGGGCGCUAUACUACAUGGCUCACCCAGAAGAAAAUGCUACAUGUGCGUUCUUCAAACUGAAGAAAGACACGGUCCAGGCUUGCUGUACGGGAUGGGGCGUCAUGCCGAACUGUGAUACACCAAUAUGUGAACCAAAGUGCCAGAAUGGGGCUUCUUGUGUGAAACCGCAGACAUGUGACUGCGUGGCUCCGUAUGUUGGCCAGGCUUGUGAGGACGACAGCAGCCUCGUGACUAACACCUCUGGCCGAUUCUGCUAUGAGUCUACAAAGUGCCUGGGUCAGAAACCGGAGGGCGUAGCUGACGAUCAGCUGAUGACGUAUGAGGACUGCUGCGGGUCCCACCCAGGAGCCAGAGGGUGGGGACUGCCGGGACAAUGUACACCGUGCCCAGAGGGUGAAAUCGUGAGCUUUAUAAAUCAGACCCAUGAUUUGUCGUUUGCCUCGUGCAUCAGUUUUGGGCCGAAUUACUACCGAACGUUGGAUGGAAGGACCUACUUUUUCGACGGCAAGUGCACCUACUUGGCCUUGUCGGAUGAACUUAGCACCUUUUCUAUCGAGCUCAAGCCGGUUGGGUGCGAGCACUACGCCACAUGCAGAAAGAUUUUGUUGAUGAAGUUUCAAGGCAUUCACCUCAUCCAGAUGGAGGGUUUCAAUAUCACAGUGAACGGAUCUCCCUUACCGUACAGUGAUAUCGUAACUGGAACCGAGAUACUAGGAGAAACCGGUUUGUCAGUUGGCAAAUUGGGGGAAUAUGCGGAGAUAAAAUCAUCGAUGGGAAUCAGGGUCAAAUCUGACGGAGUUUUUGUGAUCAUUACGGUUGACAAACGACUGGAAAACACAAGCUUAACCGGACUGUGCUCAAACUUUGACGGUGAUGCCACCAACGACUUCAUCACUUUAGAUGGAAAACAAGUCAGCUCUCCGGCAGCGUUUGGAAACUCCUACCAAGUCGUUACCUUGGACGAAGAGGAGAAAACGGUAUUUGAAAAUAUGUUUGUUUUGGCGGGUAUUUGGGACUACCACUUGUGCCGUCCUGCUGGAAGUGUGGAUUUCAGUUGUCCUUCGGAACUCGAAAACGAGGCUGAGGAACAGUGUCGUCUGCUCCUUGCAACUUCCCCUUUCGGAAAGUGUCGCGAUUUCGUGGAUGUUCAUGAAGGGUACAGUUCGUGUGUAAAGACGUACUGUCAGUUCGGGGGAGAGAGCGUCGAGACUAAAGAGGCGCUUAUCUGCGAUUUUUUCGGCCUGUUCGCCCGGGACUGCCAGACUAAGACGGGCGAGCUCAUACUAUGGAGAAGCUCAGAGUUUUGUCUUGAGCUCCAGUCAAUCACCCAUGACAGUGUUUUGUCAUUUGCAGUUGAGCCCCAGUCAAUCACCCGUGUCAGUGUUUUGUCAUUUGCAGUUGAGCCCCAGUCAAUCACCCAUGCCAGUGUUUUGUCAUUUGCAGUUGAGCCCCAGUCAAUCACCCAUCCCUUGGGAAAUCAAGCCAUAACUGACCCUAGAUCCGACCUAAAGGUCAAAGGUCACUUCGAAGUCGCCAACGUGGUGAGCGGCGUGGCUGUUAUGACGUACUUGGACAUUAUCAUCGCCGGCGUCGGGAUAAAGCUUGAAGGGGAUCAGGUAUUUCUUGACGGCACGGAUAUCAGCGAUGAUCUUCCUUACACUUCCACUACCCGCCAUCUCUACAUCAAACGUCCCACCUCUCUCUUCAUCUCCAUUACAGGAUUCGCUUUCGAGAUCCUCUACGGUUACCAGCAGUUGUACAUCACAUUAAGUCCCUACUUCAGCGGCAAGAUACAGGGUCUAUGUGGCAGGUUUAACUACAAAGUAGACGACGACAUGACGGCGUUUAACGGGGCUCUGGAAACUCAGGCCCCGGACUUCGUGGAGAGUUACAAAGAGGUCACGUGUGCUGCAUCUGCGCCCGUCAUCAGUGAACCCUGUAAAGGACUGGCUGUCACCGAACAAGCGCAUGCCCAGUGCGGCCUUAUUCUUGGGAAUAACCUUUUUGAGGCGUGCUACCCGCUACACUUGGCCGACUUUCAAGACUACUGCAUCACGGAUGUCUGCUAUUUGGCUGACACUGGCCGAAUGCCGGCCGCAGUUGUCAUUAUAUCCGCCCUCGCUCAGAAAUGCGCCUUGAGAGGCGUCGUGAUCCCGUGGACCUCAGAUCCCAGUAUAGCGGCUCUCUACGCCUUUACUUGCCCCGGGGGUGGUCAAGAAUUCACCGAGUGCGGUGAAUCGUGUUUCGGCCACUGUGAGGACUUUGAGAUCGCCCCUUACCGGUGUACUGACCGAUGCCUGGCCGGCUGUACUUGUCCGGAGAACCAAUACUUGGACGCCACGGGUCAGUGUGUACCUCAGUCCGAAUGCACCUGCCGGAAUAAGUACGACCCUGGCAACAAGGUAUAUUACCCCGGAGAUAUUAUUAACCGGAAGUGCACCGAUUGUACGUGCACAAACGCCACCUGGGAUUGCGGUUCGGAAACAUGCAAUGAGACUGUGAUUUGCCCUAAGAACCAAAUCUGGCUGAAAGACGUCCCUCCGUGCUACCUUACCUGUGAGGAUGUAAGUAGAGAGCCAGAGUGUGUACACACGGAUUACCUGUACGAGGGGUGCGGCUGUGAAGACGGUCUCUACAUUUCUCCUACGGGCGAGUGUGUUAAUGCUUCGAAUUGCCCGUGUAAAUACAGCUCUAGGUGGUACAAACCUGGUGACACUGUCAGGAUGGGUUGUCUGACGAUGGAAUGCACGGGGAAGAACUGGGUAAAGGUUCGAACUGAAGUCAAUUGUCCAGGCACGUGUUGGGUGGUUGGAGAUCCCCACUUCCGGACAUUUGACGGUCAGUUCUACACCUUCCAAGGCCAUUGCACUUACAAACUCAUGCGCCACGUCGACGGACUAUUUGAAGUCACAGUGGAAAAUGUCGUGUGCGGCUCCACAGGUGUCACGUGUGCAAAAUCCAUCUAUAUCAAAGGGACUCGAGUGUAUGUUGAUCUUCAGCCAUCUAUGAAGGGAAAAGUGAACGGACUGUGCGGGAAUUUUAACGACAAUGCCAACGACGACUAUAUCCGGUCAGACGGCAUGCUGGACGAGGACCCCGUAGCCUUCGGCGAGUCCUGGAAAGUGCAGGAUUCCUGUCCCAACAUCGCCCAUCAGUUUGACCUUGCGGCGGACCUGGAACCGUGUGGGGGUAAGCUGGCCAUCCGAGAACCCUGGGCCAGAGAGAGCUGUUCCAUCAUCACCAGAGGGCACCUGUUUGAGCUGUGUAGAGCGAAAGUAUCGAAUUACGAGAUGUAUUACAAGAACUGUGUCUGGGACGCAUGCAGAUGUGACCAGGGUGGCGAUUGUGAAUGUCUGUGCCAGUCUCUAGCCAACUUUGCCGAGGUCUGUAACAAAAAUGGAGUUGUCGUUCACUGGCGCUCUAACGACCUUUGCCCGAUGAUGUGUGAUGAAGGCUUUGUCUACCAGGCAUGUGGCGCCCUUUGUCCGCAGACCUGUGCUAACCUCGGAGAAGAGCCAGAAUCUGACUGUGACGCCAAGCGCUGUGUGGAAGGCUGUUUCUGCCCCCGUGGAUAUGUCUACAUGAGCACUGUGUUUGCUAAAUCUCUGGCAUUAGCAUGUAAAAAGUAUAGAAAUGUGUUCUGGAUGGAAAUCGUAUUGAGUAAGAGGGCCAGUGCGGCUCCGGCUAACAACUGUUCGUGUGUGCGAGACGGUGUCAGCUACCCGCCUGGUACUUCCAUGUUUAUGGCCUGCCAGACCUGCACGUGUACCCAGGGACACUUUGACUGUGACGGGGUAGCCUGCCCAGCGUGUGACCCGCCAAACCACAGCUGUGACCAGGGUGCCAUGUGCCUGGAGCCCGUGUACGUGUGUGACAGCAUCGCUGACUGUGCGGACGAAAGUGAUGAAGAGCAGAACUGCACUUGUCCCGCUGACCAUUUCCAGUGCUUAGACGGAAGCAGGUGCAUUCUGGGAGAAUACCGUUGCGACACGAUGUUUGACUGUGAUGACAGAUCGGAUGAAAUAGACUGUGCGCCCCCAGAAUGCGAGAGCGGCGAGUUCCAGUGUGCCACGAGGCUGUGUAUCCCUGGCGAGUACCAGUGUGACGGCGAUGCGGACUGCGGACAGUUUGACAAUUCCGAUGAAGACAACUGCCUGACACACCGACCCCGUGUAAUCCCAUCACUCACUUCCAGUGUUCAGAGGGGACAUAUGGAGUGUCUUCCGGUGUCAGCACGGUGUGACGGCCAUGACGACUGUGGGGACGGAAGUGACGAAAUCAACUGUCUUGGCCGCCAAACAACGUCUAAAGUCAAACCACCUUUAACCCCAUCAACAAUAACAGCUGCGACAACGCCCAAACCACCUACAGUGAGCAUUCCAACAAUGACCACCAUGACUACAACAACGCAAGGAGCAACAGCCUUUAGGACUACCACACCUUAUACCACAACAGCACCUUCGGCUGUCACCACUCAUAUGGGCACCACGCCUUCGACUACAAGGCCUACAGAAAUAUCCAUCCCUAUCAGUACCACACCUUAUGGUACAACAGCGCUCACAGCGGCGAGCACUACUGUGGGUACAACUCCUUUGACUACAGCAAGAUCUACAACUGCAUCCACCAAUAUAAGUGCCAAACCAUAUGGUACAACUGUAGCUACAGCUUUCACCACUUCUGUAAGUACCACGCCUUCGGCUGCAACAAAGCCUCCAACUCCACCCACCCUUAUCCGUACCACGCCUUACAGUACAACUCCUAUGGGUACCACGCCUUUCACAGCAAUUAGGCCUACAGCUGUAUCCACCCCUAUCAGUGCCACACCAUACAGAAAAACAGCACCUACAGCUGCCACCACUCUUAUGGCUGUCACCACACCCAUGGCCACCAAAUCUUCCACUGCAACAAUGCCUACAACUGCAUCCAUGCCUAUCACCACUCCACCUUAUAGUACAACAACGUCUACAGUUUUCACCACUCCUAUGGCCACCAAGUCUUCGACUGCAACAAUGCCUACAACUAUAUCCAUCCCUAUCAGUACUGCACAUUACAAUAGAACUGCACCUACAGCUGCCACCACUCCCAUGGCCACCAAGUCUUCGACUACAACAAUGCCUACAACUGCAUCCACCCCUAUCAGUACUGCACCUUAUAGUACAACUGCACCUACAGCUGCCACCACUCCAAUGGCCACCAAGUCUUCGACUGCAACAAUGCCUACAACUGCAUCCAUCCUUAUCACCACUCCACCUUAUAGUAGAACUGCACCUGCAGUUGCCACCACUCCCAUGGCCACCAAGUCUUCGACUGCAACAAUGCCUACAACUGCAUCCAUCCCUAUCAGUAUUGCACCUUAUAGUACAACAACGCUUACAGCUGCCACAACUCCCAUGGCCACAAGGUCUUCGACUGCAACAGUGCCUACAACUGCAUCCAUCCCUAUCAGCACUCCACCUUAUAAUAGAACUGUACCUACAGCUGUCACCACUCCCAAAGCCACAACGUCUUCGACUGCAACAAUGCCUACAGCUGCAUCCAUGCCUAUCAGCACUGCACCUUAUAGUACAACAACGUCUACAGUUUUCACCACUCCCAUGGCCAUGAAGUUUUCGACUGCAACAAUGCCUACAACUGCAUCCAUCCCUACAAGCACUGCACCUUUUAGUAGAACUGCACCUACUGCUGUCACCACUCCCAUGGCCACAAAGUCUUCGACUGCAACAAUGCCUACAACUGCAUCCACCCCUAUCAGAACAGCACCUUAUAGUACAACUGCACCUACAGCUGUCACUACUCCCUUGGCCACCAAGUCUUCGACUGCAACAAUGCCUACAAGUGCAUCCACCCCUAUCAGCACUCCACCUUAUAGUAGAACUGCACCGACAGCUGUCACCACUCCCAUGGCCACCAAGUCUUCCACUGCAACAAUGCCUACAACUGCAUCCACCCAUAUCGGUACCACACCUUAUACUACAACAGCACCUAUUGCUGUCACCACUCCCAUGGCCACCAAAUCUUCGACUGCAACAAUGCCUGCAACUGUAUCCACCCCUAUCAUUACUACACCUUAUAGUACAACUGCACCUACAGCUGUCACCACUCCCAUGGCCACAAGGUCUUCGACUGCAACAAUGCCUACAACUGCUUCCUCCCCUAUCAGCACUCCACCUUAUAGUACAACUGCACCUGCUGCUGCCACCACUCCCAUGGCCACCAAAUCUUCGGCUGCAACAAUGCCUACAACUGCAUCCAUCCCUAUCAGUACUACACCUUAUAGUACAACAGCACCUACAGCUGUCACCACUCCCAUAACCACCAAAUCUUCGGCUGCAACAAUGCCUACAACUGCAGCUAUCCCUAUCAGUACGGCACCUUAUAGUAGAACUACUCCGACAGCUGUCACCACUCCCAUGGCCACCAAGUCUUCCACUGUAACAAUGCCUACAACUGCAUCCACUUCUAUCAGAACAGCACCUUAUAGUAGAACUGCACCUACAGCUGUCACCACUCCCAUGGCCACAAGGUCUUCGACUGCAACAAUGCCUACAACUGCAUCCACCCCUAUCAGUACCACAUUUUAUAGUACACCAGCACCUACUGCUGUCACCACUCCCAUGGCCACCAGCUCUUCGACUGCAACAAUGCCUACAACUGCAUCCACCCCUAUCAGCACUCCACCUUAUAAUAGAACUGCACCUACUGCUGUCACCACUCCCAUGGCCGCCAAAUCUCCGACUGCAACAAUGCCUACAACUGCUUCCACCCCUAUCAGCACUCCACCUUAUAGUACAACUGCACCUACAGCUGUCACCACUCCCAUGGCCACCAAAUCUUCGACUGCAACAAUGCCUACAACUGCAACCAUCCCUAUCAGUUCUACACCUUAUAGUACAACAGUACCUACUUCUGUCACCACUCCCAUGACCACCAAAUCUUCGGCUGCAACAAUGCCUACAACUGCAUCUAUCCCUAUCAGUACUGCACCUUAUAGUAGAACUGCACCGACAACUGUCACCACUCCCAUGGCCACCAAGUCUUCGACUGCAACAAUGCCUACAACUGCAUCCACCUCUAUCACAACAGCACCUCAUAGUAGAACUGCACCUACUUCUGUCACCACUCCCAUGGCCACCAAGCCUUCGACUGCAACAAUGCCUACAACUGCAUCCAUCCCUAUCAGCACUCCACCUUAUAAUAGAACUGCACCUUUAGCUGCCACCACUCCCUUGGCCACCAGCUCUUCGACUGCAACAAUGCCUACAACUGCAUCCACCACUAUCAGUACAGCACCUUAUAGUACAACUGCACCUGCUGCUGUCACCACUCCCAUGGCCACAAGGUCUUCGACUGCAACAAUGCCUAAAACUGCAUCCACCCCUAUCAGAACAGCACCUUAUAGUACAACUGCACCUACUGCUGUCACUACUCUCUUGGCCACCAAGUCUUCUACUGCAACAAUGCCUACAAGUGCAUCCAUCCCUAUCAGUACUACACCUUAUAGUACAACAGCACCUACAGCUGCCACCACUCCCUUGGCCACCAGCUCUUCGACUGCAACAAUGCCUACAACUGCAUCCACCCCUAUCAGUACAGCAUCUUAUAGUACAACUGCACCUGCUGCUGUCACCACUCCCAUGGCCACAAGGUCUUCGACUGCAACAAUGCCUACAACUGCAUCCACCCCCAUGAGAACAGCACCUUAUAGUACAACUGCACCUACUGCUGUCACUACUCUCUUGGCCACCAAGUCUUCGACUGCAACAAUGCCUACAAGUGCAUCCACCCCUAUUAGUACUACACCUUAUAGUACAACAGCACCUACAGCUGUCACCACUCCCAUGGCCACCAAAUCUUCGGCUGCAACAAUGCCCACAACUGCAUCCACCUCUAUCAGAACAGCACCUUAUAGUAGAACUGCACAUACUUCUGUCACCACUCCCAUGGCCACCAAGCCUUCGACUGCAACAGUGCCUACAACUGCAUCCAUCCCUAUCAGCACUCCACCUUAUAGUACAACUGCACCUACUGCUGUCACUACUCUCUUGGCCACCAAGUCUUCGACUGCAACAAUGCCUACAAGUGCAUCCACCCCUAUUAGUACUACACCUUAUAGUACAACAGCACCUACAGCUGUCACCACUCCCAAGGCCACCAAAUCUUCGGCUGCAACAAUGCCUACAACUGCAUCCACCUCUAUCAGAACAGCACCUUAUAGUAGAACUGCACCUACUUCUGUCACCACUCCCAUGGCCACCAAGCCUUCGACUGCAACAGUGCCUACAACUGCAUCCAUCCGUAUCAUCACUCCACCUUAUAAUAGAACUGCACCUUCAGCUGCCACCACUCCCUUGGCCACCAGGUCUUCGACUGCAACAAUGCCUACAACUGCAUCCACCACUAUCAGUACAGCACCUUAUAGUACAACUGCACCUGCUGCUGUCACCACUCCCAUGGCCACAAGGUCUUCGACUGCAACAAUGCCUACAACUGCAUCCACCCCUAUCAGAACAGCACCUUAUAGUACAACUGCACCUACUGCUGUCACUACUCUCUUGGCCACCAAGUCUUCGACUGCAACAAUGCCUACAAGUACAUCCACCCUUAUUAGUACUACACCUUAUAGUACAACAGCACCUACAGCUCUCACCACUCCCAUAGCCACCAAAUCUUCGGCUGCAACAAUGCCUACAACUGCAUCCAUGCCUAUUAGUACAGCACCUUAUAGUACAACUGCACCAACAGCUGUCACCACUCCUAUGGCCACCAAGUCUUCGACUGCAACAAUGCCUACAACUGCAUCCACCCCUAUCAGUACAGCACCUUAUAGUACAACAACGCUUACAGCUGCCACCACUCGCAUGGCCACAAGGUCUUCGACUGCAACAGUGCCUACAACUGCAUCCAUCCCUAUCAGCACUCCACCUUAUAAUAGAACUGCACCGACAGCUGUCACCACUCCCAUGGCCACCAAGUCUUCGACUGCAACAAUGCCUACAACUGCAUCCAUGCCUAGCAGUACAGCACCUUAUAGUACAACUGCACCAACAGCUGUCACCACUCCUGUGGCCACCAAGUCUUCGACUGCAACAAUCCCUACAACUGCAUCCACCCCUAUCAGUACUGCAUCUUAUAGUACAACAACGCUUACAGCUGUCACAACUCCCAUGGCCACCAAGUCUUCGACUACAACAAUGCCUACAACUGCAUCCAUCCCUAUUAGUACUGCACCUUAUAGUACAACUGCACCUACUGCUGUCACUACUCCUUUGGCCACCAAGUCUUCGACUGCAACAAUGCCUACAACUGCAUCCACCCCUGUCAGUAUUACACCUUAUAGUACAACAGCACCUACAGCUGUCACCACUCCCAUAACCACCAAAUCUUCGGCUGCAACAGUGCCUACAACUGCAGCUAUCCCUAUCAGUACGGCACCUUAUAGUAGAACAACUCCGACAGCUAUCACCACUCCCAUGGCCACCAAGUCUUCCACUGUAACAAUGCCUACAACUGCAUCCACUUCUAUCAGAACAGCACCUUAUAGUAGAACUGCACCUACAGCUGCCACCACUCCCUUGGCCACCAAGCCUUCGACUGCAACAAUGCCAACAACUGCAUCUAUCCCUAUCAGCACUCCACCUCAUAGUAGAACUGCACCUGCAGUUGCCACCACUCCCAUGGCCACCAGGUCUUCUACUACAACAAUACCUACAGCUGCAUCCACCCUUAUUAGUACUACACCUUAUAAUAGAACUGCACCUACUGCUGCCACCACUCCCAUGGCCACCAGCUCUUCGACUGCAACAAUGCCUACAACUGCAUCCACCCCUAUCAGCACUCCACCUUAUAAUAGAACUGCACCUACUGCUGUCACCACUCCCAUGGCCGCCAAAUCUCCGACUGCAACAAUGCCUACAACUGCUUCCACCCCUAUCAGCACUCCACUUUAUAGUACAACUGCACCUACAGCUGUCACCACUCCCAUGGCCACCAAAUCUUCGACUGCAACAAUGCCUACAACUGCAACCACCCCUAUCAGUUCUACACCUUAUAGUACAACAGUACCUACUUCUGUCACCACUCCCAUGACCACCAAAUCUUCGGCUGCAACAAUGCCUACAACUGCAUCUAUCCCUAUCAGUACUGCACCUUAUAGUAGAACUGCACCGACAACUGUCACCACUCCCAUGGCCACCAAGUCUUCGACUGCAACAAUGCCUACAACUGCAUCCACCUCUAUCACAACAGCGCCUCAUAGUAGAACUGCACCUACUUCUGUCACCACUCCCAUGGCCACCAAGCCUUCGACUGCAACAAUGCCUACAACUGCAUCCAUCACUAUCAGCACUCCACCUUAUAAUAGAACUGCACCUUUAGCUUCCACCACUCCCUUGGCCACCAGCUCUUCGACUGCAACAAUGCCUACAACUGCAUCCACCACUAUCAGUACAGCAUCUUAUAGUACAACUGCACCUGCUGCUGUCACCACUCCCAUGGCCACAAGGUCUUCGACUGCAACAAUGCCUACAACUGCAUCCACCCCUAUCAGAACAGCACGUUAUAGUACAACUGCACCUACUGCUGUCACUACUCUCUUGGCCACCAAGUCUUCGACUGCAACAAUGCCUACAAGUGCAUCCAUCCCUAUCAGUACUACACCUUAUAGUACAACAGCACCUACAGCUGCCACCACUCCCUUGGCCACCAGCUCUUCGACUGCAACAAUGCCUACAACUGCAUCCACCCCUAUCAGUACAGCAUCUUAUAGUACAACUGCACCUGCUGCUGUCACCACUCCCAUGGCCACAAGGUCUUCGACUGCAACAAUGCCUACAACUGCAUCCACCCCUAUCAGAACAGCACCUUAUAGUACAACUGCACCUACUGCUGUCACUACUCUCUUGGCCACCAAGUCUUCGACUGCAACAAUGCCUACAAGUGCAUCCACCCCUAUUAGUACUACACCUUAUAGUACAACAGCACCUACAGCUGUCACCACUCCCAUGGCCACCAAAUCUUCGGCUGCAACAAUGCCCACAACUGCAUCCACCUCUAUCAGAACAGCACCUUAUAGUAGAACUGCACAUACUUCUGUCACCACUCCCAUGGCCACCAAGCCUUCGACUGCAACAGUGCCUACAACUGCAUCCAUCCCUAUUAGCACUCCACCUUAUAGUACAACUGCACCUACUGCUGUCACUACUCUCUUGGCCACAAAGUCUUCGACUGCAACAAUGCCUACAAGUGCAUCCACCCCUAUUAGUACUACACCUUAUAGUACAACAGCACCUACAGCUGUCACCACUCCCAAGGCCACCAAAUCUUCGGCUGCAACAAUGCCUACAACUGCAUCCACCUCUAUCAGAACAGCACCUUAUAGUACAACUGCACCUACUUCUGUCACCACUCCCAUGGCCACCAAGCCUUCGACUGCAACAGUGCCUACAACUGCAUCCAUCCGUAUCAGCACUCCACCUUAUAAUAGAACUGCACCUUCAGCUGCCACCACUCCCUUGGCCACCAGGUCUUCGACUGCAACAAUGCCUACAACUGCAUCCACCACUAUCAGUACAGCACCUUAUAGUACAACUGCACCUGCUGCUGUCACCACUCCCAUGGCCACAAGGUCUUCGACUGCAACAAUGCCUACAACUGCAUCCACCCCUAUCAGAACAGCACCUUAUAGUACAACUGCACCUACUGCUGUCACUACUCUCUUGGCCACCAAGUCUUCGAGUGCAACAAUGCCUACAAGUGCAUCCACCCUUAUUAGUACUACACCUUAUAGUACAACAGCACCUACAGCUCUCACCACUCCCAUGGCCACCAAGUCUUCGACUGCAACAAUGCCUACAACUGCAUCCACCCCUAUCAGUACAGCACCUUAUAGUACAACAACGCUUACAGCUGCCACCACUCGCAUGGCCACAAGGUCUUCGACUGCAACAGUGCCUACAACUGCAUCCAUCCCUAUCAGCACUCCACCUUAUAAUAGAACUGCACCGACAGCUGUCACCACUCCCAUGGCCACCAAGUCUUCGACUGCAACAAUGCCUACAACUGCAUCCAUGCCUAGCAGUACAGCACCUUAUAGUACAACUGCACCAACAGCUGUCACCACUCCCAUGGCCACCAAGUCUUCGACUGCAACAAUGCCUACAACUGCAUCCACCCCUAUCAGUACAGCACCUUAUAGUACAACAACGCUUACAGCUGCCACCACUCGCAUGGCCACAAGGUCUUCGACUGCAACAGUGCCUACAACUGCAUCCAUCCCUAUCAGCACUCCACCUUAUAAUAGAACUGCACCGACAGCUGUCACCACUCCCAUGGCCACCAAGUCUUCGACUGCAACAAUGCCUACAACUGCAUCCAUGCCUAGCAGUACAGCACCUUAUAGUACAACUGCACCAACAGCUGUCACCACUCCUAUGGCCACCAAAUCUUCGACUGCAACAAUGCCUACAACUGCAUCCACCCCUAUCAGUACUGCAUCUUAUAGUACAACAACGCUUACAGCUGUCACAACUCCCAUGGCCACCAAGUCUUCGACUACAACAAUGCCUACAACUGCAUCCAUGCCUAUUAGUACUGCACCUUAUAGUACAACUGCACCUACUGCUGUCACUACUCCUUUGGCCACCAAGUCUUCGACUGCAACAAUGCCUACAACUGCAUCCACCCCUAUCAGUAUUACACCUUAUAGUACAACUGCACCUACAGCUGCCACCACUCCUAUGGCCACCAAGUCUUCGAUUGCAACAAUGCCUACAACUGCAUCCAUCCCUAUUAGCACUGCACCUUAUAGUAGAACUGCACCUACAGUUCGCACCACUCCCAUGGCCACCAAGUCUUCGACUGCAAGAAUGCCUACAACUGCAUCCACCUCUAUCAGUACAGCACCUUAUAGUACAACAGCACCUACAGAAACCACGUCCAAAGCCCGCUGUGAGGCACAGGAAGGUAUGUCGGAUCCGUCUCUUAUCCCGGACUCUGCCCUUAGUGCCUUAGACGCAUCCGCUGUUUUGUCAAACUUAAGGCCCGGCAGUGCGUCUCCGUUCACAUUGGAACACCCUGUCAUCGAAAUAACAGUCGUACUUGACCCAUUCAAAGACGUGGAGUUGUACAAGGUUGUUUUUUUGGACCCAGUCGAAGUUGGUGUUAGCAGUUUGUUUAUCAAAACAAUCAUGGAGGAAGACUUUAUAUUGUAUGAGAAUAUGUAUCCGGCAGAUAACCCUCAGCUGAUUUUCCCCGUUGGUGUUUUUGCCCAUUCCUUGAUGGUUCAAGUGACUAACGACAAUCCGGGUUCGGACAUGGAGUUCCAACUUGAGAUCUGGGCCUGUUUUGUUGGUAUGACGACAGCGCCAUCUAAAACUACAACCGAAACUACUACCACAAAAUUGUUUCCAUCAACUACACCUCCAACAACAUAUAUCCCCGUUAGUAAAAGUUACACUGCAACAAAGCCAGCGCCGACAACGACGACAACUGUAACCCCGUCUACAAUUACACCUUUUACUUCAAUAACGCCACUAUCUGUUACCACACCUGUCAGUACAACACCUUACUCUACAACAAUGCCUUCAGCUAAACCUACACCUACUACUACUACACCUCAGACUACAACACCACCAACUGGGACUACAGCUUUCAGUACAAUACCUUACUCUACGACAGCGCCUACAGCUAUUUCCACACCUAUCAGUACCACACCUCAGACUACAACACCGCCAUCAACUGGGACCACACCUAUCAGUACAACACCUUACUCUACAAAAGCGCUUGAAGCUAUAACAACGCCUGUCAGUACAACGCCUCAGACUACACCACCACCGGAAACUGGAACUACACCGAAAACUACUAUACCUUACUCUACAAAAGCUCCUACAGCUAUAACCACGCAUAUCAGUGCCACGCCUAAGACUACGCUGCCACCACCAUCUGGGACUACACCUAUUAGUACAACACCUUACUCUGUAACAGUGCCUGCAGCUAUGACUACGCCUGCCACGCCCAAGACUACGCUGCCACCACCAACUGGGACUACAGCUUUCCGUACAACACCGUACUCUACAACAGGGCCUACAGCUAUAACAACGCAUAUCAGCACCACCCGUCAGACUACACCACCACCAACAACUGGGACUACACCUAUCAGUACAAAACCAUACUCUACAAUAUCACCGACAGCUAUCACUGCGCCCAUCAGUACAUCGCCUCAGACUACAACACCACCACAAACUGCGACUACAUCUUUUAGUACAACACCAUACUCUACAAAAGCGCCUACAGCUAUAACAACGCCUAUCAGCACAAGGCCUCAGACUACACCACCAUCGCCAACUGGAACUACACCUAAAACUACAAGACCUUACUCUACAAAAGGGCCUACAGCUAUAACCACGCAUAUCAGUCAGGCUACCGGACCACCAACUGCGACUACACCUAUCAGUACAACACCGUACUCUACAAAAGUGCCUACAGCUAUAGCAACGCCUGUCAGUACAACGCCUCAGACUACACCACCACCGGAAACUGGAACUACACCGAAAACUACAAUACCUUACUCUACAAAAGCUCCUACAGCUAUAACCACGCAUAUCAGUGCCAUGCCUAAGACUUCGCCACCACCACCACCUGGGACUACACCUAUUAAUACAACACCUCAGACUACAACACCACCAACUGGGACUACAGCUUUCCGUACAACACCGUACUCUACAACAGGGCCUACAGCUAUAACAACGCAUAUCAGCACCACCCGUCAGACUACACCACCACCAACAACUGGGACUACACCUAUCAGUACAAAACCAUACUCUACAAUAUCACCGACAGCUAUCACUGCGCCCAUCAGUACAUCGCCUCAGACUACAACACCACCACAAACUGUGACUACACCUUUUAGUACAACACCGUACUCUACAAGAGCACCUACAGCUAUAACAACGCCUAUCAGCACAAGGCCUCAGACUACACCACCAUCGCCAACUGGAACUACACCUAAAACUACAACACCUUACUCUACAAAAGUGCCUACAGCUAUAACAACGUCUAUCAGUACAACGCCUCAGACUGCACCACCAGCGCCAUCUGGAACUACAUUUAAAACUACAACACCUUACUCUACAAAAGCACCUACAACUCUAACCACGCAUAUCAGUACCACGCCUAAAACUAAGCCACCAUCAAUAACUCCAACUCCACAUAUUAGUACAACACCUUACUCUGUCACAACGCCUUCAGGUAUAUCCACACCUAUCAUUACAACACCUCAGACUACUACACCAAAAAUUGGGACUACACCUAUCAGUACAACACCUUACUUUACAACAGCGCCUUCAGCUAUAACCACACCUAUCAGUACAACACCUUACUCUACAACACCACCAUCAACUGGGACUACACCUAUCAGUACAACACCUUACUCUACAAAAGCGCUUGAAGCUAUAACAACGCCUGUCAGUACAACGCCUCAGACUACACCACCACCGGAAACUGGAACUACACCGAAAACUACUAUACCUUACUCUACAAAAGCUCCUACAGCUAUAACCACGCAUAUCAGUGCCACGCCUAAGACUACGCUGCCACCACCAUCUGGGACUACACCUAUUAGUACAACACCUUACUCUGUAACAGUGCCUGCAGCUAUGACUACGCCUGCCACGCCUAAGACUACGCUGCCACCACCAACUGGGACUACAGCUUUCCGUACAACACCGUACUCUACAACAGGGCCUACAGCUAUAACAACGCAUAUCAGCACCACCCGUCAGACUACACCACCACCAACAACUGGGACUACACCUGUCAGUACAAAACCAUACUCUACAAUAUCACCGACAGCUAUCACUGUGCCCAUCAGUACAUCGCCUCAGACUACAACACCACCACAAACUGCGACUACAUCUUUUAGUACAACACCGUACUCUACAAAAGCGCCUACAGCUAUAACAACGCCUAUCAGCAUAAGGCCUCAGACUACACCACCAUCGCCAACUGGAACUACACCUAAAACUACAAGACCUUACUCUACAAAAGGGCCUACAGUUAUAACCACGUAUAUCAGUACAACACCUCAGGCUACCGGACCACCAACUGCGACUACACCUAUCAGUACAACACCGUACUCUACAAAAGUGCCUACAGCUAUAACAACGCCUGUCAGUACAACGCCUCAGACUACACCACCACCGAAAACUGGAACUACACCGAAAGCCACAAUACCUUACUAUACAAAAGCUCCUACAGCUAUAACAACGCAUAUCAGUGCCAUGCCUAAGACUUCGCCACCACCAUCACCUGGGACUACACGUAUUAGUACAACACCUCAGACUACAACACCACCAACUGGGACUACGGCUUUCCGUACAACACCGUACUCUACAACAGGGCCUACAGCUAUAACAACGCAUAUCAGCACCACCCGUCAGACUACACCACCACCAACAACUGGGACUACACCUAUCAGUACAAAACCAUACUCUACAACAGCAACGACAGUUAUAACUACGUCCAUCAGUACAUCGCCUCAGACUACAACACCACCACAAACUGUGACUACACCUUUUAGUACAACACCGUACUCUACAAGAGCACCUACAGCUAUAACAACGCCUAUCAGCACAAGGCCUCAGACUACACCACCAUCGCCAACUGGAACUACACCUAAAACUACAAGACCUUACUCUACAAAAGUGCCUACAGCUAUAACAACGCCUAUCAGUACAACGCCUCAGACUACACCACCAGCGCCAACUGGAACUACAUUUAAAACUACAACACCUUACUCUACAAAAGGACCUACAACUACAACCACGCAUAUCACUACCAUGCCUAAGACUAAGCCACCACUACCAUCUGGGACUACACCUAUUAGUACAACACCAUACUCUGUAACAGCGCCUGCAGCUAUGACCACACCUACGAGUGCCACACCUCAGACUACAACACCACCGGAAACUGGAACUACACCGAAAACUACAAUACCUUACUCUACAAAAGCUCCUACAGCUAUAACCACGCAUAUCAGUGCCACGUCUAAGACUACGCCACCACCACCAACUGGGACUACAUCUAUCAGUACAACACCGUACUCUACACAAACGCCUACUGUUAUAACAACGCCUAUCAGUAUAAGGCCUCAGACUACACCACCACUACCAACUGAAACGACACCUAAAACUACAACACCUUACUCUACAACAGCGCCUACAGCUAUAACCACGCAUAUCACUACCACGCCCAAGACUAUGCCACAACCAACAACUGGGACUACACCAAUUACUACAACACCUUACUCUCUCACCGCGCCUUCAGCUGUAUUCACACCUAUCAGUACAACUCCUCAGACUACAACACCAAAAACUGGGACUACACCUAUCAGUACAACACUUUUCUCUACAACAACGCCUUCAGCUAUAACCACACCUAUUAGUAACACACCUCAGACUACAACACCAACACCAACUGGGACUACACGUAUUGGUACAAUACCUUACUCCACAAAAGCUCCUACAGCUAUAACAACGCCUAUCAGUACAACGCCUCAGACUACAACACCACUACAAACCGGAACGACACCUAAGACUACAACACCUUACUCUACAACGGCACCUACAGCUAUAACCACGCAUAUCAGCACUACGCCUCAAACUACACCACCACGAACAACUAAGACUACACCUAUCAGGGGAACACCUUUCUCUACAACAGGACCUACAGUUAUAACAACGCCUAUUAGUACAAUGCCUCAGACUACAACACCACCAACUGGGACUACACCGAUCAGUACAAUACCUUUUUCUGCAACAGCGCCUACAGCUAUAACCACACUUAUCAUUACCACAACUCAAACUAAAACUCCACCACUAAACUGGACUACACCUAUCAGUACAACACCUUAUCUUACAACGACGUCUACAGCUAUAACCACACCUAUUAGUACCACACCUCAGACUGCAACACCACCACCAACUGGGACUACACCUAUUAGUACAAUACAGUACUCAACAAAAGCGCCUACAGCUAUAACAACGCCUAUCAGUAGCACGCCUCAGACCACAACACCACUACCAACUGGAACGAAACUUAAACCUAAAACACCUUACUCAGCAACAACGCCAUCAGCUAUAACCACACCUAUCAGAACAACUCUUUACUCUACAACACCACCAUCAAUUGGGACUUCACCUAUCAGUACAACACCUUAUCUUACAACGGCGUCUAGAGCUAUAUCCACACCUAUAAGUACCACACUUUGGACGAUAACACCGCCGCCAGCUGGGACUACGCCUAUCAGUACAACACCUUACUCUACUAAAGCGCCUACAGCUAUAACAACGCCUAUCAGUACAACGCCUCAGACUACAACAGCACCACCAGCUGGAACGACACCUAAACCUACAACACCUUACUCUACAACAAUGCCUACAGCUAUAACCACGCAUAUCAGCACCACGCCUCAGACAACACCACCACCACCAACUGGGACUACACCUUUCAGUACAACACCUUACUCAACAACAGCGCCUACAGCUAUAACAACGCCUAUCAGUGCAAGGCCUCAGACUACACCACCACUACCAAGUGAAACUACAUUUAAAACUACAACACCUUACUCUACAAAAGCACCUAUAACUAUAACCACGCAUAUCAGUACCACGCCUAAGACUACGCCACAACCAAUAACUGGGACUACAUCUAUUAGUACAACACCUUACUCUGUCACAACGCCUUCAGUUAUAUCCACACCUAUCAGUACAACACCUUAUCUUACAACAGCCUCUACAGCUAUAACCACACCUAUUAGUACCACACCUCAGACUACAACACCACCACCAACUGGCACUACACCUAUUAGUACAACACCGUACUCUACAAAAGCGUCUACAGCUAUAACAACGCCUAUCAGUACAACGCCUCAGACUACAACACCACCACCAACUGGCACUACACCUAUUAGUACAACACCGUACUCUACAAAAGCGCCUACAGCUAUAACAACGCCUAUCAGUACAACGCCUCAGACUACAACACCACCACCAACUGGCACUACACCUAUUAGUGCAACACCGUACUCUACAAAAGUGCCUACAGCUAUAACAAUGCCUAUCAGUAGAACGCCUCAAACUACAACACCACCACCAACUGGGACUACACUUAUUGGUACAUCACCUUACUCUACAAAAGCACCUACAACUAUAACCACACAUAUCAGUGCAACACCUCAGACUACAACACCAGGAACUGGGACUACACUUGUUAGUACAACACCUUACUCUACAAAAGCACCUACAGCUAUAAUGACGCCUAUCAGUACAACGCCUCAAACUACAACACCACCACCAUCUGGAACUACACCUAUCAGUGGAACACCUUACUAUACAGCAGCACCUACAGCUGUAACCACACCUGUCAGUACCACACCUCAGACUACACCACCACCAUCUGGGACUACACCUAUCAGUACAACACUUUUCUCUACAACAACGCCAACAGCUAUAACCACACCUAUCAGUACAACACCUCAGACUACAACACCAGGAACUGGGACUACACCUAUCAAUACAGCACCUUACUCUACAACAGCACCUACAGCUAUAACGAUGCCUAUUAGUACAACUCCUCAAACUACAACACCACCAACUGGGACUACACCUAUCAGUGGAACACCUUACCCUACAACAGCGCCCACAGCUCACAAGGCCUCAGAUUACAACACCACCACCAACUGGGACUGCACCUAUCAGUACAACACCUCACUCUACCACAGCGCCUACAGCUAUUACCACGCCUAUCAGUACGACACCUCAGACUACAACACCAGGAACUGGGACUACACUUAUCAGUACAACUCUUUACUCUACAACAACGCCAACAGCUAUAACCACACCUAUCAUUAUAUCCACACCUAUCAGUACAACACCUUAUCUUACAACAACGCCAACAGCUAUAACCACACCUUUCAGUACAACAUCUCAGACUACAACACCAGGAACUGGGCCUACACCUAUCAGUACAACACCGUACUCUACAACAGCACCUACAGCUAUAAUGACGCCUAUCAGUACAACGCCUCAAACUACAACAACACCACCAACUGGGACUACACCUACCAGUGCAGCGCCCACAGCUGUAACCACACCUAUCAAUACAACACCUCAGACUACAACACCAGGAACUGGGACUGCACCUUUCAGUGCAACACCUUACUCUACAAAAGCACCUACAGCUAUAACAACGCCUAUCAGUACAACGCCUCAAACUACAACACCACCACCAACUGGGACUACACCAAUCAGUGGAACACCUUACUCUACAGCAGCACCCACAGCUGUAACCACACCUGUCAGUACCACACCUCAGACUACACCACCACCAUCUGGGACUACACCUAUCAGUACAUCACGUUUCUCUACAACAACGCCAACAGCUAUAACCACACCUUUCAGUACAACACCACAGACUACAACACCAGGAACUGGGACUACACCUAUCAGUACAACACCUUACUCUACAACAGCACCUACAGUUAUAACGACGCCUAUCAGUACAACGCCUCAAACUACAACAACACCACCAACUGGGACUACACAUACCAGUGGUACACCUUACUCUACAACAGCGCCUACAGCUCGCCUACAGCUUUAACCACGCCUAUUAGCACAAGGCCUCAGAUUACAACAACACCACCAACUGGCACCACACCUAUUAGUACUACACCGUACUCUACAAAAGCGCCUACAGCUAUAACAACGCCUUUCAGUACAACGCCUCAGACUACAACACCACCACCAACUGGCACUACACCCAUUAGUACAACACCCAGCACCCACAGCUGUAACCACACCUGUCAGUACCACACCUCAGACUACACCACCACCAUCUGGGACUACACCUAUCAGUACAACACCUUACUCUACAACAACGCCAACAGCUAUAACCACACCUUUCAGUACAACAUCUCAGACUACAACACCAGGAACUGGGACUACACCUAUCAGUACAACACCUUACUCUACAACAGCACCUACAGCUAUAACGACGCCUAUCAGUACAACGCCUCAAACUACAACAACACCACCAACUGGGACUACACCUACCAGUGGUGUCUGUCCAUCUGCCCGUCCAUCAGCCUGUCCAUCGGCCUGUCCUUCUGUCCAUCUCUUUGUCCAUCUGUCUGUCUAGCUAUCUCCCCAUGUGUCUGCACAUCUGCCUUUCUGUCUGUCUGUACGCCUGCCUAUUUCCAUAACAUCUCAUCCGUCUGCCAUAGAACCUGCUAUGGAGUACCCGAGUUGGAUUCGGAGGAUUGCAACCUUGAACCUUGCCCUUGUGACAUCGUGUACCAGGAGCUGGAGGGAGAGGUGGAGCCCACCGUCGUAUGGAUGGAGAAAGACGGCAAACCUGGACCCACAGACGACGACGAAGUCAUCCUGAACGGGGACAGUGUGUUGAAUACAGUCAUUCUCUACUAUAACUGCAGGUCAUGUGUUUGUGACAACGGGAAACUGAUCUGUGUUGGAGAGGAAUGCGCUGAGUGUGGGUACACUCCCUGGUCGCAGUGGUCGCAGUGCUCCCAAGAUUGUGGCGUAGGCAUCCGCAAGAGAAACCAGACCCUGAUAGAGAAAGCGUACAGCAUCCCUUGCGAGGACCUGAUACAGGAAGACGACUAUUGUAACACCCAUCCCUGUUCAAACUGGGCUGCCUGGAGUGAGUGGAGUUCAUGUGACAUGUGUGCUGGCGGAUUGCGGUAUCGAACUCGCGACUGUCUUAAUCAGACACUGGACUACAAUAUGACCUGCACUGGCCCCAUGGAGGAGAACGACAACUGCGAGGUCUUCCCACACUGUGCUGUCACCCUGCCCAAUUGCACAAACCAUCAAGUCUACUCGACUUGUGUGAAUACAUGCCCGAGGACGUGUGCGGAUUUCCGCGGGGUUUCCACAUGCAUGGACACGGAAGCCAACUGCGAACCCGGAUGUGGAUGCGCGGAGGGUCAUCUGUUACACGGCGACACAUGUGUCAAAUCCAGCGAGUGUCCGUGCUACGACAGCGAGGGCAGGGAAUAUCCGGUGGGCUGGGUGUCAAACAGGACCGAUUGUGAAACCUGUAAAUGUGUAGCUGCAGGCGAUCUGGAGUGUAUGCCAAACCCAGACUGUGAUGCUGACUGUGCGUUUACGGGAUGGUCAGUAUGGGCGGAAUGUGUGUGCCCUAACAAGACCAAAUCUCGCUUCCGGAGCCACAACCCUGAGCGAAAGGGCGACGGUUUGCCGUGCGAGGGACCCAGCGAGGAGACGACGGAAUGUUCUGCUGGGGAGCAGGCAGCUUGUGACGUGUGCUUCGUGGACGGCAAACAAGUCCAGGCAGGAGAGGAAUGGAUUAGUCCAGACAAUAUCUGUACCUACUGUUGGUGCGCUGCUGGAAGAGUCACGUGUGAUAGCAUCUGUGGUGACCCUGUAGUCUGUGAAGAGGGGGACGAGAAGAUCUGGAGUGGUCCAUUUGGAUGCUGCUUGUCCUGCAACAAACCGAAAAGUGAGUGUCAGAUUCACUCGGUGACCGAGACGAUCACAGAUGACAACUUCGGUUGUAUCUCUUUGCAACCCGUCGAGUACAAAUACUGCGACGGCCAGUGUGGAAACUCUACAGAUUAUCCACUCAUCUCUCCAUCCAAGGGCGUGCACUUGACUCAACGCGGCUGUAAGUGCUGCACGGCCAAAAGUACCCAACAGAAACCAGUCAUUAUGAGCUGCCCCACGGAAGUUGAGGGAGAGCUCCAGGAACAGGAAUUCUUCUUGCCUAUCGUCAACCAGUGCCUCUGUCUGGAUUGCGAGCAGGUCACAGUUCCCUGA